CAAAUGUGAUAUUUUCUACAACUCAGAGAUAUUAAUCUUAUCAGAAGAUAAAAUACUAACACGCAGUUAGAGCACAUUUUCAGUACUGAUAUCAUAUUUUAAUAUUGCCGCAAACUGUUGAAUUACUGCGAUUACUUAAAUCAUCGAACAGUGUCUGGAUCAGUGAAUAGUAUCAAAGUUGCUUAGUGAACGGAUAAUUUUAUACGCUUAAAAAACAUGUUGAAAUUCUACUUGGUUCUCUUCUCUUGGUUCAUUCUGAUAUCAUUUGCUUAUUCUUUCACGGAUGAUUUUGAUGAUAUUUUUUCCGAAACUCAAGAAACUGAAGACAAGCGUUACAAUGGUAAAGCUGUGCCAUAUUCUCUCGAAGAAACAUUUGAUGGAAGUUUCUCAGCAAGGGGAUUUAAUGGUACAUGGAUUUCAUCUACAAAGAUUCUUUACAGAGACUCGGAGACGAAAGAUCUGCUGACGUUUGAUGUGCAAAGUUUAAAAAGUACUCUCUUCCUCAAUGCAUCCACAGUGGAAGGGAAUCCAUCUAUCAACUUAUCUCCCGAUGGAUCACAUCUGCUGAUUGGUCAACUAGUUUCUAAAGGAAACAGGAUAUCUAACCUUAGAAAGUAUCGGGUGUACAAUUUACAGAAGAAAUCAUCGUCCGAUGUUGCGGAAGGUAGAAACGUAUCUCUUGCAAUUUGGUCGCCUGUUGGUAAUGAUCUAUUCUACGUAUUGGACAAUGACAUCUACCGCAGAGUGGUUGUCAAUAAUACUAUCAAAAUUACAAGAUUAACAUUCGAUGGUGUACCUGGAGUUAUUUAUAAUGGAGUACCUGAUUGGGUUUAUGAAGAGGAAGUGCUCAAGUCGGAUGGAGCAUUACAAGUCUCUCAAGAUGGAAAGUAUCUUCUAUUUGCAACAUUUAACGACACAUUAGUAAAAGAAGUUAUUUACCCAAUUUAUGGAAAUCCUGGCGAUUUGAAUAGUCAAUAUCCAUCAUUAAUGAAACUUAAAUACCCAAAGGCCGGUUGUGCUAUGCCUACUGUUUCGUUAAAUCUGAUAAACCUGUCGAAACCUGAUACAUCUUUAACAUUUUUAAAAGCUCCAUGUGACAUUGUAGGCAGCUAUGGAGGUCCAGGUUCGGUUAGAGUCAUUGAUGCUUUUAAUCAAGGGUUGGAAUCUUACAUGACUACGAAUAGAAGUACAAUUUGUGCAUUUUUAGAAGGUCGUGGAAGUGGAAAUAAAGGAAGUAAGAUGCUCUUUGAAAUAUAUAGAGGUUUAGGAACCGUAGAGAUUGAAGACAUAAUAGCCAUCACUCAGAAUUUGCAGAAGAAAUUUUCUUGGAUCGACGAAAAAAGAACAGCCAUAUGGGGAUGGAGUUAUGGUGGCUAUGCAACGGGCAUGGUUUUAGCAACUGAUAUAGAAUCCGUUUUCACCUGUGGAAUAUCUGUCGCACCUGUUGCGGCUUGGAUUUAUUAUGAUUCUAUUUAUACGGAACGAUACAUGGAUCUGCCAACUAUUGAAGAUAAUUUAGCAGCUUACAAUAAAACCGAUUUAACAAGAUUAGUGGAAGGCAUUCGAGGAAAGGAUUUUCUGCUUAUACAUGGAACAGGAGACGAUAAUGUCCAUUAUCAAAAUGCUAUGGCGCUAUCAAAAUCUUUAGCCAUGAAAGAUAUUCCUUAUGACGAAGUUUUCUAUCCAGAUGAACGUCACGCUCUAUCAGGAGUAUCUCCACAUUUGUAUCACAAAAUUGACAGAUUUUUAGGCAAAUGCCUGAAACUGACAUAUGCAUAAUCAACUUGAGAUUGAAGACUCUGUGCAGGAUGGUCGCAGGUCAGAGAAAGCUUGAAUGAGAGAAAAAUCAGGGAAUUUAAUUUUUCAGCGUGAUUCAUGGGCAAAAAAAAUGGCGGAAGUCAGACAAUUUAUGCAAGGGGCAUUUUAAGAAAAUGCCAAGAAUAAUCAGAGUGACCGUAUAGGAUUUUCUAGUAGAUUUUUUCCUGAAACCAUUCAUUAGGUACUUUUUAGAGAUAAAUUCACUGUAGUCACUUUUUUAAAUGCAAGGAUUUUGAGGAUAUUAGGAUACUUUUUUGACGUCCAAGGAGUAUUCAAGAGCAUUACAGAAAUGCAAAGGAUUUUGAGCGAUUUCGAAAGAUUAGAAAUAUUAAAGGAUAUUUGCAAAUUUUCCAAGGAGUUUUUAACAGAUUUCAAUGAUUUAAAGGUAUUUCAAAGGACCGAAAAUAUUUUAGGGUAU